AUGCUACUCCAAUCUGUUUUCGUUGGCUCCGCGAAGCACAAGCCCACAGUCUAUCUCAUUCGCCAUGGCGAGAAGCCCGCAGAUAAGAAGAAUCAUGGUCUCUCGGCGGAGGGAGAGUUGCGCGCUCAGUGUCUGCGACACGUUUUCGGCCAGCACUCAGGGUACGACAUAGGAUAUAUCCUCGCACCACACACCAAGGAGAGUGAAUGGAGCACAAGGGCGUUCGCUUUUCACUGUUCAGCCGCUGGCCAGCGAUCUGGGCUUGGAAGUCGACACUCACUGCCAGCGGGGGAAGUGUGGUGUGUGGUGGACGCGAUUCACAGGUACAAAGGACCAGGCAAUAUUUUGAUCUCAUGGCGACAUGGACCUAUGGGAGAUAUUGUUGAGGCGCUUGGCGAUGGUGUGCCUAUAGAGUAUCCGAAGAAGCGGUACGAUCUCAUCUGGACAGACCCAUGGCCUUAUAAGGGAGUGGUGGAUAUUGCGAGUGAGGAGUGUCCUGUGUUGGAUGAACGGCUGCGUAGUCAUGCGCAGGCAUUUGACGGUCUACUGUCCUUGAUCCCCGCCAAACUUUACUACGGUGAAGAAGAUACCAGUGAUCAAUGGCAACGCAAGAAACAGACCAAAGAACAAGCUCGUGAGGCAAAGCGUGCGAAGCUGGACCCUGAGGCCACUAAGACCGCCAAAGACGUGAUGGACGAGAACGCCCGCAAGCGUAAGCGCGAGGAUGGGACCCUCGAGUCCGAUGGAUCCGACGGAGAGAUGGGCACAGAAACCCCCAAGGAAGGACUGAACCGCGGAACAGCAAACUCCAAAAAGCAGAAGCCUGUUGAAAAGUCUGAUAAGGCAGACCCUGCCAAGGCAGCCGCCGCCGAGGAGCGCAGAAAGCAAAAGGAAGAGAAGAAGGUUCAGAAGAAGGCCAACCAAAAGGAGAAGAAGAAGGCCAAGGAUGCCUCACGAAAGGAGAAGGCCCAGGAAAAGAAGUCGUCGACUACUCCCACCGAAGGCACAGAAAAAUCUGCCCCCAAGCCUAACGGCACCACAGCCAAGGAUGCCGAAGAAUCUGCGGAUGAGGAUGACGACGAAGACGACGGUGUUGUUGAGGAAGGAAAACCCCUCUACUGCCUCUUCCACAGACUCCCCCGAAUUCGAUGCCUCAAAUCCCCAAUCCGGCAGUUCCUCAACCUCCUCUAUCGUCCCCCCACCGCCUCCACCGAAGCCAAAUCCUCAGAGCCCAAACCUCUUAAGCACACACCCGAAGAGCUCAAGCAGCGCCUACAGAAGCGCCUGGAUGAGCUUCGUGCUAAGCGCCACGCAGACGGACUCAACGGAAAGCCUGCCCGUAACCGCCAAGAGUUGAUCGAAGCCCGCCGCCAAAAGGCCGAGCAAAGAAAGACCCACAAGAAGGAGCUUCGCCAGAAGGCCAAAGAGGAGGAACAGCUGAAGACAGAUGAGGCUAUGGCCCGCCGCUUCUCCCCCGGUGGCUCUGGGUCCCUGCUUGCUUCUCCCCGCUCUCCCGCUGAGUCUGUCAGCUCUAACAGCAACAACUUCUCAUUCGGCCGUGUUAUGUUCACCGACGGACAACAGACCGACAUCACUGGCGAAGUCCGUGACAAGCCCAAGACACACGGAGCUCGUGACCCAGCUUCGCAGCUCAAGGCUGCCGAGGCCAAGCAGGCUCGUCUUGCCGAGAUGGAUCCGUCCAAGCGUGCCGAUAUUGAAGACAAGGAUGUCUGGCUUAACGCCAAGAAGCGUGCUCACGGCGAGCGUGUCCGCGACGAUACAUCCCUCCUCAAGAAGGCCCUCAAGCGCAAGGAGACCGCAAAGAAGAAGUCCGAGCGCGAGUGGAAGGACCGUCUCGACACUGUCGUCCGCUCCAAGGAACAGCGCCAGUCAAAGCGCGAUGAAAACCUUCGCAAGCGCAGAGAUGAUAAGGGCACCAAGGGUGGCAAGAAGAAGUCUUCCAGCGGUGGAAAGAAGAAGGCUCGUCCUGGAUUCGAGGGUAGCUUCAAGGGUGGUGGCAAGAAGAAAUAA